AUGGAUUCGUCACUGGAGCUGGUCUCUCCCCAAACACACUACAUAUACUCCGAUCUAGAUGGAGACAACUAUUCACGGCCUCUCUGUGGAUCUGUCAUUUUCAGACCUUCUUACGACUUUGUGAUCACGAAUUCUACUCUGCUCCGGACCCAGCUCGUUCGCAUUGUGCAGUCGAAGAUCUCCCAGUCUUGUUGCCAAGGACAGGGUCUUCUGGGUCGCAUGCGCCGUCAGUUUGUCGCGAAUGCGAAACAAGCAGGGGCUGGCAGGACAUGCUCCGCGAUAGAAGAAGUUACAUGCCCUCUUUUACCAUUUUUCGAAAGCCAAAGGGACGAUUCUUCCCGCGAAGGCGCAGUCAUCAAUGUUCCAUUCUCAAUCCUCAUGCCGGCCAAUAUGCCUGCCUCUACGACAACUAGUCAAGGGACAGUCUCAUACGCCAUCCUUGCUUCUGUGAUAACUCCAGAAUGCACCAUAUUCAGCACAAGUCAAACUAUUCAUCUCACCCGCCAAUUAAUUUCAGACCAGCCAACCGUCCAACACGUGCGGUCAUAUCCCAAUUCAAAAGUGAUCGAACAGAUUUCUCUCACACAAACCCUUACCACGGACUCGAACCCAAACAUUCAUUUUUCUAUGAACGUCAAGCUCCGAACUUCAGCGGCACCAGAGCGUCAUUCGGAGUUCAAAUGUGCCGUAAUCAGAGGACUUCGAUGCCGAGUGGAAGAAGUGACAAAAACCUUCACCAAGCCAACCUUAGGAAGCCAACAUAUCCAAGCGGAUUGCGCAACCCAACGAGAACAAGAACAAGUUUCUGUGCGAGAAAUAUGCAAUGAGAAGCAGAAAGGCCACUGGAGCAUCAUUGAGAACCAUUUCACCGAAAUACAAGAAACCGCCCAGAAGCCUUCUACAGUCGACAUCAGCUUCGGCUUCACGAUCCCGAAAAACUCAAAGCCCGCACAACCCGCCAACCUGUCUUGCUAUGCAUUUGAUCCUGAGCAUUUGGAUCCGGAUUCCUUGUCUCCAGAGCUCCGUUCUCGUUACUCCUCAACUACAAAUGAGAGACUGGCAAUCAUCGUUGAACACCGGCUGAAGCUGGACUUGAUUACGGGAGAAGACACGUAUAGCCGAACAAGCCAGAGUCUCGUUGAUCGGAAAAUCUUGGGCGCAGCUGUGAAUGCAUCAUUCCCUCUUACACUUCUCAGGAAGCACGAAGGAGACAUUGGAGAUUUGGUCUUGGAGAAGACUCCUCCGAGGUAUGAGGAGGUUCCGAUGGCACCUCCUGACUAUGAUCACUUUGUUGCAUUGCCACUCCCGAGCAGCGUUUAUUAA